AUGAGCCCACCGUCAUACCGAUCCAUUCAACCAGCACCGGCCAGGGGAGCGAGGUCGGGCAGUGGCGCCCCCUCUGGCUCCUCGAGCUCCUCCGGCUCCACCGGUUCGGGCUGGUUGAGCGCAAAGGGGCUCACAAAGAGGCUGAAGGCAGUCACACAAGCUUGCCAUACAUGUCGUCGCAAUAAGGCCAAGUGUGACGGCGUGCGACCGAGGUGUGGCGCUUGCACUGCGAGAGCCUCCCCUUGUGGAUACGAUGGCGAGGCCGGGCAAUCGCGACAAGCCGCCCUCAGGGCGCGCCUCGAGGAGCUGGAGAAGAUGGUGAAGGACCUACAGUCCAUGUCCGACGCCGACGCCGAACAGUAUCUCCGCCGCAUCAGGUCCUCGGCAAAUGAGCCGUACAUAACACCGCUGCUCAGCACUGAAACCGACAAUCGAUCCGCCAGACAAACGACCGUUGCCACUUCCUACACGUCCUCCGAAUCUUCUUUUCCCGGCCGCUCCCCGGAAUCGUCGACCUCUCCCGAGGCCUCUGGAAGCAGCGUGGUUGCAGCCACCACUCUGUCGGACGAUGCGUCCUCUCCACGCGCAACCCAACCGCCGGCCGAUGAUCUAGCCGCCCUCCUACAUUUUGACAUCCCUCUCCCCAGCGCCAAAACAACAUGGGCCGGCGUCCAGAGUUUCUUCAGCUCCACCGGGAGGCUGUUUCACAUCUACACCCAGCAGCAGAUGCAAGACUACUACAGGACCGUAUUUGGCGUCGACGGCAAGGCCGAUACCUCGCAGAAGCUGGCCAUAUGCUGUCUGUAUGCUUUUGCCGCCGUAGGUAUCCAGUACAACGCCGGCGAUUUUAAGGAGGGCCUGGAGAAGACGUUCCAUGACGUGAGUCGCCGCUUCUUCUCCGAAGUGAUGGAGGACAGGCCUCUGGACACCAUCAAGGUCUGCACGCUGUUUGCCAUGUACAACAUUCUGGACAAGGCGACAGUGGCGCUGGCGUAUGUGGGUGAGUUGCCCCUGUCUGUCAAGCACCCGUUGAACCCUGGGGCUGACGGUACCUUGCAGAGCUGGUUGUCCUCGACACUUGGAUACAUUUCCGGCUCAGACGACUCCGAGUUUGCGAAACUCCUCCCGAUAGCCGAGCAAGAUCACGACAGCUACAGCGCGGAGCUAGGCGAGCUCGUCCAAGCCGAGAUGACCAAGAUAUCCCUUCUGCAAGCCGGCAUCCUGCGCAACCACCUCGCGGUGCAAGAACUGACCAAGCUCGGCAUGGACUGGCGCCAUCCGCGAGCUGCAGGACUGGCACGGGCAGCUGCCCGAAGCGAUGCAGCUGCAAACUUCGCCGCGCACACGGCCUGCGUCGUGAUCCUGCACUCGGUCGCCCAAAAACAGCUUCACCACUUCCCGCCGUCCGCCUGGGCCGACGACAUGAAGCGGGCGGCGCAAUGCAUCGACGUGCUCGGCUACUGCGGGGCGGCCGACCCGGUCGCGCUGCGCUUCCGCGUGCGCCUGUCGGGCAUCUACGACAGCCUGGUGUCGGCGGCGGAAGCGCGCACGCCCGCGGCCUCGGCCCAUGAUGUGCGCAUGCAGCGCGUCGCGGAUUGGGUGCCGCCGCAUCCGGAUCAUCAUCAUGGGGGGGAUGGUCAGGGGGAUGGUGGUGGAGGGGAGGGGGAGCCGCAUCCCGUGGAGUAUUUGUUUAGUGUGGGGGUGCAGGCGCAGGCGAGUCCGGCGUUGGCGAGUUUGACGUUUUCGUUGUUGUUUGCGCUGUGUAGGCCGAGGACGGAUCCGGCAAGCUUGGCGAGGGAUCAGGGGGCUGGGGAUUGUGGUGCCUGUGGUGGUAAGGGUGCGGGGUGGGCAGAGGAGUCCAAGAUCAUCAAGGAUGCCCAUCGUCAUUUCCACGACCCUGGAAACUCCAUAUGGGAGCCAUCAACAGGUGUUUCAGGCAUUUCCAUGAAGGUGGGGAACCCUAUCUCUCGUCGUGGACUAUUUUUGUGCAAUGGGAGUCUUUCCAAUUAUUCCAUCUGCCAAACGAGCAUUGGUACGACCAACGAUUGCGAACCGCACGUUCUGCUUGAUCCCGAGCACCCCUAUGGGGACGACCGAUGA